AUGACGAACAUCCGCGAAAUAUGGUCGUGGAACAAGACAGAAGAGAUGAGUUUGGUGCGGGAGGCUCUUAGAAGGUGUAAUUACAUCUCUGUAGACACCGAAUUUCCGGGCUGUCUGAAAGAGACCACCAUGGAAGCAAGCGACGAUACUCGUUACCAGAACUUGAGGUUCAAUGUGGACGAAACCAAACCAAUUCAACUGGGUUUCUCUUUAUUCAACAGUGAAGGAAGAAUCAGCGGAACCUGGGAGGUCAAUUUCUCCGACUUCGACGAGACAGAGGAUCCUUGCAACGAGAAAUCCAUCGCCUUUCUCAAGCGUAACGGGCUCGAUUUCCAGAGAAUCAGAGAGGAAGGGGUUG